CUUGGCACCUCUUGGGCUUACUGUGUUUGUAUGCAAGAAGAAGUGUCUGACUAACAGUUACAGCAACAAGCUCCACCAAAAUUGGGUAUAUAUAGCGAACAGUCACUCCCAAAUCAUCACUUUCCAUCAGCAGAACAUUCAUCAGCAACGGCGUGCUCUGACCAAUCACUUCAUUCGCACUUGAACCUAUCUUGGAAAACAGGCAGCUUCUUUCAAUCAACAUGAAACUCACCAUGACUUUCCUCCUUGGCCUUGCUACUGUCGCUUCUGCAAUCGAAAUCCGCUUCUAUGGCAACAAUGGAUGCUCCGGGCGGUUCAAUUCUUGUUGGAACGUCAACCCCAACCAGUGCUGUAACCAAGCGGAAAUGAACUCCAUCAGUUUUGAAUUUAUCCCAAGCAACUGGAGAAUCACGGUCAAAGGCUAUGAUCAAAAUGCUUGCAACCGACAGAAAGCACAACUUAAUACCGUUGGCCAGACCAGAAUGUGUAUCGGAGGCGAUGCUCCUUACACUGGUGGCGGCUACAACUUCUAUGGCCGAAAGAGGGAUGAUGACCACAGUAACGUGGAAGCUGCUCCAUCUUCUGAAUGCCUACGCCCAGAUAUCUUUGCCGAUGAAGAUGGAGUAGAAUAUUCUGCCCAAAGCUUGAAUGAUGAUGAGUUCGAGAAGCUUGUUGCCCUAUGGUACAAUGGCACGUCUGUGUCCGACGUUGUAUCGACCUUCUCAUCGUUCACUCUUAAGGAGUAA